ACGAGUCCCGGCGUGCCCCGCGCGGGAGGCGGCUGUACCUCAGCGGCCGGUGCCGGUGCCUGGGGCGUGAGGGGAGAUGAGCCGGUCGCGGGCGGACGAGGAGGAGUACUGGCACAGCUCCAAGUGCCGGGCCUUCACCUUCGACGACGAGGACGACGAGCUGUGCCAGCUGAAGGAGUCCAAACGGGCGGUGAACAGCCUGCGGGACAUCGUUGACGACGAUGAGGAUGAGCUGGAGAAGGUCAGCUGGAGCGGGGAGCCCGUGGGAAGCAUCUCCUGGUCAAUCAAAGAGACCGCCUCCAGCAGCACUAGCUCCCUGGAAGGCCGAGACUCCAGCCUACAGAAGGGCUCUUCCUCCAAUGCCGCUUUACCCAAGCAAGUUUCCUCCUACUCCCUAAGCAGCCUAUUCAAAGGACGAAACAAACUUCCCAGUUUACAGUCCCUUUCAGAUGCCCUCUCAGACACAGGAGUUAAAAACUAUGCCCCAGAGCUGCGCAGACCGAAAGCUGAGUACAAGGAUUACAGCAGUGACUGGAGCCCCAAAGAUACAGUCAGGCGAAUGCAGAGGGGCAAGGUCUGCUCUCUAGAGAGAUUUCGCUCCCUGCAGGACAAGCUGGUGCUCUUGGAUGAAGCUGUGGCAGGGCACGAUGGGAAUGUCAUUACAGCUGUCCUGAUAUUCCUGAAACGGACGCUCAGGAGAGAAAUCUUGUUUCGGGAGCUGGAAGUGCGGCAGGUGGCCUUGUGUCAUCUGAUCCAUUUCCUCAAGGAGACUGGUGAGCAGAAGAUGCUUCUGGAUCUGCUCAGGUUCCUAGACAGGACUGAGGAAGUUGCUCUCUCUCAGUAUCGGGAGCAUUUGAACAUCCAGGAUGUAGAAAAGAGGAGGGAAUUUCUGAAAGGAUGCAUUGGGCUGCCAUUUUCACCUGAGGAUAUCUCCCACAUCCAAGACCAUUAUACGCUGCUGGAGAGACAGAUCAUAAUUGAGGCCAAUGAUCGACACUUGGAGACGGCUGGGCAGUCGGAGAUAUUUCGGAAAUACCCUCGCAAGGCCUCAAUUCUCAACAUGCCACUAGUGACCACUCUCUUCUAUUCCUGUUUCUACCACUACACAGAGGCUGAGGGAACAUUCAGCAGCCCGACCAAUCUGAAGAAAACAUUUAAGAUUCCUGAUAAGCAGUAUGUGCUGACUGCCCUGGCUGCCCGUGCCAAGCUGCGAGCCUGGGAGGAUGUGGAUGCCCUCUUUACCACCAAGAACUGGCUGGGCUACACCAAGAAGAAGGCACCUAUUGGCUUCCACCGGGUGGUGGAGAUCUUGCAGAGGAACAAUGCACCUGUCCAGGUGCUGCAGGAAUACGUGCGCUUGGUAGAGGAUGUGGAGACACGGUUGAACCUCGCCACAAAAUACAAGUGCCACGAUGUUGUCAUAGAUACGUACAGGGAUCUAAAGGAUCGCAUCCAGCUGAUGGCAUAUAAAUGCAAGGUGGAGAGAGGCUCUGCAGAAGAAGAGAAGAUAAACAGCGUACUCAACAACGCACAAAUCCGAUGGAAGAACUGAGCACCUGCGAGCAGCCUGCUUGGACGUUGCCUUGCCAGCGAGAGAGGAAACUGCAAAACCUGGUCCAGCGCCAACAGAGCAACUCUGUUACUACUCAUUGCAUGAUCAGUGUUCGUCAGUGACAGCGGGUGCCCGCGGCUCGUGGGACAGAAGCGUUCAGGCUGGUUGAAGGCAGCGGCUCUGAUGCAGCCAGUGAAACCAUGGAACUGAUCCACCAGGGUUGAUUCCUUUUGGAAUCUGAUUCUCUUUGACCUGGCUGUAAGCCGGGCAUGGCUUUUGUUUACAGAGGGAAGUUGCUGGGCAAGGCAAGGUUACAUUUGCUCUGUGUGGUGUCUGAGUUUAUAACUAGCAAGAGGAAGAGGUCAGCCACGCUCGUGGGUCUCCAACAGAAUGCUGACCAGUCCCUGUAACAUUCAAGCUGGCUUCGGCAUCACCAGUCAUGGCUGUGGAGAGAGUAAAGCCAACUGGGCUGUGUUCUCCCCGCAUCAGAGCGGGAUGGGGGAAAGGGCCAGCUGCACCUUAAAGUCCAUUUCUUUGUUUUGUUGUGGCUCACCCUAGGAAAAGAGGUGUUUUAUGAACUCCUGCAGAGCCAGGGCAGCAGCCUCUGCCUGUAUCCCCAUGCUGGCACUCUGCAGCUCUCGGCAGAUACCUUCAUCAGGGAAGAGUGGGCACGUCGUGUGGAGCUGGUCAGAACCCUGCUGGGUUGGAUGGAGAGCAAGGAGCGACCCUUCUCAGUCAGCGCAAACCUGCUGGCCCCAGCAACUCUUUUUUUUUUUCUCAGAGUGUUAUGCCAGAAAGGAUUGAAUUGCACUUUCUCAGAAAAACAACUCCUCAGGCAACUGCUGGCUUCAUCCUUCCAGACUUCACUUCCACUCCUUAAAUAAAGCUGUCUCUUUCUC